CUCAGUGGAACAUUGUGAUUGGCGUUUGUUUUAUGAGGUUUUUGGAAUGUUUCCGGGAAGGGAAUUGCCCUUUGGGCUUUGAGUGGGAGUGAAGGGGAGAAUAUUUUUUCAUGUGGGAAGGAGUAGUAGGUUACAGUGAUUGUUUUUUCGUGUAGAGAAAAAGCUGGUCAGGAAGUGUGUCGUCUUUCUGAGACACGGACACGAUGGAGGAGGACGAAUCCUAUCAAAUUGAGUGGAUUCAGAGCGAUGGAGAGGGUCUAGAUGAGGGUGACAUAAUCCAGGAGGUGCAUGAAGAUGAUGGCAUGGAUGAGGGAACACUCAAUGAGGAUGACAUCAUUGAGGAAGUUGAUGAGGAUGAGUACCUUGCAGCCAUGUCAGAUCAUCUGGUAGACCAUCAUACGACUGGGAAUCUCGUGUACAUGACUCAGGAUGGGUCAAAUAUGCAGCAUAUCAUUGAGGAGCAUGUGCAGGAGACAGAAGUUGAGGAAUACACGGAACAGCAGCAAUUCGAUGGUCAGGUGUGUGAAGAAGUUGUUAUUGACGAAAGUGGUGUUCCCGAGGACAAAAUGGAGAUUCUCAUAGACAACAAUGGCAGUGUCGUGCAAUCUGGCAAUCAGGCAGAUGAGGAAAUUGUUCCCCUUCCGCCUCAGGAUGAGUACACAACAUCUCGGCCCUAUCCUUGUGACUUCUGCAGCCGUCGCUUCAGGAAGAAGGCCAAUCUAAUGAAUCACAUGGUGGCUCAUCAAACUGACCGGCCACAUGUUUGCAAUCUCUGCGGUGCCAGAUACAUCCGACGCUGCGAUCUGCACAAUCACUUCAAGAUUCACGCCUAUGCACCCACUGACCAUGAUCUCGGCGGUACGGAAUUCCUAGGUACGGUGCAGCCAGAAGAGGAUGAUGAGGAGGAGGAGGAAGACCUGAAGAAACCCUUCAUGGAGUACACUGUGGCUAGCAGCAGUCCGCGGAAGAAGUUACAGCAGACGACGCCGCGGAAAAAAUUGACCCUGAAGGUACCUAAAACUGAAAUGCCCAAGUACGAUUAUGUGGAUGAGGAUAUGAAAUUGGUCUGCGAUUCGGCCCAAGCGGCUCAGCAUGAAGAGAUCUAUCCCAUGGUGGAGCAGUAUCCGGUCACAGAUCCAAGGAAACCUUUUGUCUGUCAGCAUUGUGGAGUAUCCUUUGCUCGACAGAAGGCUCUUGCAUCCCAUGCACGCAUGCACGGCGGAGAUUCACCGUACGAGUGCGAGACUUGUGGUGAAAUGUUUUGGGAUGCACUCCGCUUGCGUGAACACGAGUUAUCCCAUAGAAUGGAUCAAGUAGGUACGUCUGAAUAUGAUCCGGGCAUAAAUGACGAGGAGACAGAAUCGGAUUCGGGAGAGGGUGAGGAGAAGUAUGGAGAUUUUUACUGUGACGUAUGCGGAAUGUGCUUCCAUCGGCAUGCACUGCUGAAGCGUCAUGCGAGGGCGCAUAUGAAGAAGGAUUUGGUGGAUAGUGACAUCUCUCGGCACUGUUGCAAUGUCUGUGGUGAGACAUUUGCCGAAGCGCUGGAUCUGUUGGCUCAUGCGGAAGUUCAUGCACGUUUUCAGCCCUUCAAGUGUAUGCUCUGUGGCGAGACAUUCCUGGAUCAGGCAACGAUUAAGGAGCACAUUGACACAACGCAUGCCGAUGAGCUGACCAUGAACUCGUGCAGGUUGUGCGGAAAGGUGUGUAGGGACAGCAGAUCGCUGAUGAAGCAUGCAUGGGAUCAUUCGAGAGAGAAGACACAUUCCUGCUCCAAAUGCGCCAAAACAUUUCACAACAAGGCACGCCUGAAGCGCCACAUGAUGUCACAUCGCAAUAAAUCUGUCACUUGUGACGUCUGUGGGGACAAAUUCCCGGAUGGUCGAAGCCUGAUGAAUCAUCGGCAUAGUCACACCAAUGUUUCUGGCAGGCAGUUUCCGUGCCGUGAAUGUGGCAAAACAUUCGGAUCACGAAGUUCCCAGCAAAUUCACAUUCGCAUCCACACGGGAGAGCGUCCAUAUGGGUGCAAGUACUGCUGGAAGGCCUUUGCAGAUGGGGGUACAUUGCGAAAGCACGAACGAAUUCAUACGGGAGAGAAGCCAUAUGCCUGUAGCGUUUGUCCACGGGCAUUCAAUCAGCGUGUAGUUCUCAGGGAACACAUAAGAUCGCAUCACUCUGCUCCGGAUUCACAGAGAGGAACAUCAGUCACUCCUUAUUUCUGCGAAGUGUGCUCGGAGAUGUUUGCUCUGCCCACGGAACUCAUUCAACAUCUCAUCCAACACAGUGACAUGAACACUCUGGCCAAGAGGCAACCUCCGACUGGCCCACGGAAGUACAAACGACGUCGAAAGCUGAAGCCGCAUGAGUUGGAGCGAUUGCGAGCUCAUCGCACCAAGAAUUCCGACAUGGACUUCUCUGAGGAGGAUCAAAUGCAGUCAGAGAAUCAGCUCCAGGAGAGAUAUCAAACGCCCCCAGUGGCUCCUACGGGCAGUGGCAUUGGCAAUCGUCAGGCUAUGGGGAAUACUGUUCGUCGGGGUAAGAAUACCUUCACCAUUGAAUCCCUGGACGAUCGUCAGUUGUUGCAUUCUUCGGAGGACUUUGAGACGUCCGUGGCGAAGUUUGAUUUGACCAAGGGCGGUGGGGUCAGGAAGAAGAAUGCCAUGUCGAUGUCUCUGUCGGCUGCAAUGGCGGCCAAUUCAUCGCAAUCGCGUCCAAAGAUGAUUCGGACACAGAAAACUCGGGUGGCUGUGGAGGAUGGCAAGAGGAGGACAAAGACACUGAUUACACGAACAGCUCCUGCGGAUAUUGUGGCUACGACAGCAUCAAUGGUGCAGGCACAGACUUUUGCACGGGGAUCCAAGCAGGUGAGGGCGAGGAUUAAGAAUGUCAACUUUCACUAUCAGGGAGAGAGGAUGAUGAGUCCGGCGACGUUUUCGGAUGUGCCUGAUCAGAUGGCUCAGGAUGGGCUGAGCGUGAAGCAGGAGCCAGUUGAGAUGACAGCUACGGCCACAGUUCUCGAGCACGAUGGCAGUGGAUUGUCCAAGAAGACGUACAACAAAUACAGCAUGGACAUUGUCAAUGAUCUGGAAGCCAUUCUAAGGUCACCCAUUAAGCAGUCAGCAGUGCCCAAGAAGGAGUUGAAUCAGACAUCACCAAAUGAGCAAAAUUCAAAAGGAGGAAUUGGUGGAGGCAGCAGCAAAAGCAGGAGACAGAUUUCGACGCCGGGAAAGAAGCGUUCUCAACCCGAAGUGACUGUGACAUCAACACCAACAUUUUCCAAUGUCAAUCUGACCAAGAGGCAGUUGGCUCUGGCGGCGAAGAAGAGUGCUAAAGGAGGAGGAGGAUCAGGAGGAGGAGGAGGAGUAUCAGGGGCAGUUAAAGACACAAAUCUGUCUGUUGGUACGGAGAAGGAUGAUGAAUUGAUUACGGGAGAUAUUGAUGAUACAGGAGCUCAUCAGAGUAAUGCCAGAGAAUUCAAAUGUGAGAUGUGUUCAUCGAUGUUCUUUACCCAAGAGGAUCUCUUUGCACACGUGGCCAUUCACAUCUAGAGCUUCCGGCAGAAAAAGAAAAAGUGUGUGAGAGAGAGAGAAAUGAAGAAAGGAAGAAAAGUCCCUCUUACUACUUACAGUAAAUUUACCACAUUUUUGCCAUUUAAAAUUGUUUUCCAAUAUUUGUUCUCUCCUUCAGUAUAGAAGAAUCCUCCUCAAGACAUCAUGUAAGUAGACCUUAUUACCAUUUGUUUUCUUUUUUUUUUCUUUUUAGAUUUAGUUUUUUUUAUGAGGAAAAAAAAUACUGUUUGGGAUUUACCAUGCAGCACAAUUGGGUUGCUGUGUGAUAAAUUUUAAUACUGUUCAUAUGUCAUUUCAGCCAUAAUUAAUUAUGACUUCUCUAAAUUUUAUAUAACAACGCAACAAUUGAUGAAAAAAUUGUCUUAUCACUUAUCAUGUUUUAUUAGUUAAGUAAUGAUUACAAUAUAUGCAAAUUGAUGAAUGUUAAUCAAGAAAGUGUAGCAAAUAUAUAAGAAAUAAAAUUUGUCCUACGAUUUGUCGUAGAUGUGGAACGUUA